AUGUCUCAUCCUUACGCCCGCCGUCUUCUUAAGGAAUAUAAAGCCUUUCUGAAGGCUAGCCUUCCGGGCAUCUCCAUGCUCCCUGAAAGUGACAUGUGUAACUACCGUUUCGAGAUCACCACAGAAAAUCCACUUUAUGCUGGCCAAACACAUCUUCUCCACGUCAAUAUUGGUGACCAGUAUCCGGUGGAUAGCCCGCUGGUGUAUUUCACAAAAACUGACCACUAUGUCAUCCCCAUGCAUCCACAUAUAUAUUCCAAUGGCCACAUAUGUCUCAAUCUUCUUGGAAGAGACUGGACCCCCGCAUGUGGAGUGGAGGCAAUCGUCUUGAGUAUUCAGAGUGUGUUGAGCCAUAAUGACGAGGCUCUGCGGCCUGUUGAUAAUGAGCGGUAUGUUGCCCAUGCCCCUAUUGAUCCUAAAAAGUCUACGUUCGUGUUCCAUGAUGAUAAUGUGUGA